AUGGUAAUCCGUUAUCCCCAACCUGGUAAAAGCCAUAGCAAAAAAAUGAUAGAGCGAUACGAGAAAGGAGAGCUAACAACAGCAACCGUCAUUCAUUACCAUCAUGAAAUUGGGGACCAAGCCAUUAGAGAAACCCUGUUUCUUCCUGGGGUCAUUAUCUGGGAUCCGUUAUUUCAGCAUUUUCGUGGAAACUUACCUUGUCCAGAGUGUGGUGAAGAUCUGAAACCUAGAUGCUGGAAAGAUGGAAAGGAUUGGAAACACAACAGUCCUAGGCAGCUUGCAGAUAUAGAAUGCCCUGUUCUGCUGGUAAGUAGGGUAUAUGCAUGCAAAAAUGAUCAUCGGACAAUCGGUCAUGACCCUAAAAUUCUGAAAAAGUUUGGACAGGUAGAACUGAUCCCUUUCCUUCUUUUGCACAAAAAUGGGAUUACUCGACGUUUAUACAGAUUAAUAAUCGUUCAUGCUGCGUCAGGAAUGAGGUACAUGGACGUGGAAGCACUUUUAGCACAGAUGUGGCAUAGUUAUCACGCCGAGGCAAGCAUUAGGACCUUAACACUGUUACGUAUGAGAAUUUCAGAGGAUAGACCAUCAAUCAACGUGAGUCACACGACAAUGCCGCAGAUUUCACAGUUAAACCCUAACAGAAAACUGAUUCGCCAAUGCUUUGUUCAUGACUAUUGCACGAAAGAAAAACUUUACAAUGCACGCAUGUCAUCGUUCACAGGUGGUUGGCUCUCUUCUGACCACACAUUCAAGGUCGCUGGGAAUGUCGGAUUAUGGCAAAAUGACCAUUGGAUUCGCCAGUUCGACUCUUUGUUUUCUGUCAUGAAUGAGGAUGGAAUUGUCAUCGCGUGGCAAUUAACGAGAGGCACUGGUUUUGCCAGGGUGAAGACCCUACUCAUGGGAAUUCGGAACAGGCUACAAAAUAGCGGAGUUACCUUGCAGGGAUUUUCCAUUGACAACUGCUGCGCCUGGAGAUUACUCCUUCAAGCAGUAUUUGAGUUAUUCCAAUUAAACUUGAUCUCUUUCAUGCAGUGCAACGCAUCGCUAGUAAAAUUAAAAAAACACCCAUUAAGAAGACAAUGCCUUGAUGCAUUUCGUUUAGUCUUUCGGAAGUCGGGCGAUAUCGAAAAAAAGAACGUAAGAAGCCAACGCCUUCUCGCCAAGUGA